CGUCCUGGAGAAGUGGGGUGCCGUGCGCGCGUCCAAAAGCCCCCGAUUCACAAAAGCGGCAGAUCUGCGGAGAGCUGGACACACAGCCCCAGCUAAGCCUGCUGCGCUGGAGAGGUGAAGAAGCCGGAGUGGGUUGGCGUCGUUCUGCUGGGCUUUCAGCUCUCCGCCUGGAACCAGAACCACAGAGAUGAGACUUUUAAAAGUCACCUAAACCCAUCAUUCGGAUUCUGCUCACCCGGCUGCUGCUCAGCGCUUCGGAUGCAGCGAAGAAGAUGCCGUAACUUUCCAUGCGCUGGGUCCAGUUUCGCGUUGGGACGUUCAUCCCAGCUCGGACCCCGUGUCCGGGCAGCUGAGGCCGAACAAGAGGCGAGGCGGCGGGAGGAAGGGCAACCGUGAACCCGGAGCGGCUGAGCGGGAUGGUGCGCCUCUGGAACUGCCUGCUGCUGGGAUAUCUGACCUGGAACCUGCGCAUUUCGGACGCUCAGGGGGAGUACUGCCACGGCUGGCUGGACGCUAACGGGAACUACCAUGAGGGCUUUCAGUGUCCGGAGGUCUUUGACACCACGGACGCGACCGUGUGCUGCGGCUCCUGCGCCCUGCGCUACUGCUGCGCCGCCGCGGACGCACGCCUGGACCAGGGGGUCUGCACCAACGACAGGGAGGCGGACAACACGGAGUUUGCGCCCCAGCCCAUCUACGUUCCCUUCCUGAUGGUGGGAAGCAUCUUCGUCGCCUUCGUCAUCGUUGGCUCCCUGGUGGCGGUCUACUGCUGCACCUGCCUGCGGCCCAAGCAGCCCACCCAGCAGCCCAUGCGCUUCUCGCUGCGCAGCUGCCAGGGAGAGACCAUCCCCAUGAUCCUGACCACGGCCCCGCCCAGCCUGCGCGCUCCAUCGCGACAGUCCAGCACGGCCACCACCAGCUCCAGCUCGGCCGGCGGGGGUAGCUCCACGCGGAGGUUUUCCCUGGGGGGCCAGGCCCAGCACCAGCAGCAGCAGCAUCACGGCUGCCUCGUGUCCGCCACCGUCUCCUCCUCAGCCUCCACUCCCACUCAGACUCCUCAGACUCUGCUCCCGUCACCGCCGCCGCCUCCCCCUUACACGUCGCCGCCAGCGGCGAUAACAGGAGGCCUGCAGCACCCCCAGCUGCAGCUCCACCAGCCCUCUCACCCCACCCAGAGCCCCAGCUUCCUGCUUCCUCAGCAGUACUUCUUCCCCCUGCAGCCUGACGCCUUCACGGCAACAAAGGGCUUCGCCGACUUUGGACAGAGCUGACAGGGAUGCCAGCGGGGAGGGGGGGUCAACGGAGCCUUUACAGGUAGACCAUGAGUCAGGGAGGACAGACCUGGCUGCCCAGCUUGUGAUGUAAAGGACUCGCUAUCAGGCGAACGAGUGCACAGAGCAACCAGACACAACAACGGGCCAAUCAGGGGGGGCCAUUUCUGCAUUUUAUGCACUUUUCUAAAGCCAUCAGAUCCCUGUGGUCGAACUGAAAUCUUGUCUAACAUCCUCAAAAAAAGAAAGUUCCUUUUAAGUUCCUUUAAUAGAAGUAUAUUAUGCAGCAGGAUGUAGGAUGUUUUAAAUGUAAAAAGGACUCCUGAGAGUGAAAGUUUUCUUUUUGAGGAAAUGCAGACCUUUUGUGCGCUGAUUAAAAUAUGGUUUAUUGUCAAUUC